AUAGUUCCUCCACGAGCAUGCUGCAGCCUGCAUGCAUGGUGAAUUUGUGAUGGAGCAGCACUAAAAAUUAAAAUGACAUAACUAAUUAAUAACGGGUCAAAUACUACUUAAUUUUAGAAAUUAUUAUUCUCCCUCAUUCUCUCUUUCCUUUGAUCAUCCAACCAAUACUUCCCUGAAACUGCUUUCUCUCUCCUCAAUUCUAAUCGACACCAUUUUACCUGUUUUCUUGCCGGAUUUGAUCGGCAUUCUGGAAGAAUGGUGAAAAUUAAUUGUAAUUAAGGUGUCAUUGUGUGACUAUCUACAUACGAAAUUGAGACGAAAUGGGGACUACUCCAAAACAGGCUGUAAGUAUUCAUUAUGUGGUGGGAUCUCUUGUUUGGGUGGAGGAUCAAGAGGAAGCUUGGCUAGAUGGAGAAGUAGUGGAAGUGAAUGGAGAAGAACUAACUGUAAAUUGUACAACGGGGAACAUUGUUGUUGCUAAUGGAUCCAGGGUUCAUCCAAAGGAUCCCGAAGCACCUCCUUCUGGCGUAGAUGAUAUGACCAAGCUUGCCUAUCUACACGAGCCAGGGGUUCUUGAUAAUCUGAAAUGUCGUUAUGAUUUAAAUGAAAUUUAUACAUACACAGGAAAUAUAUUGAUCGCUGUGAACCCUUUCCAAAGGUUACCUCACUUGUAUGACAGUGGUAUGAAGAAGAAGUACAGAGGGGCAGCUUUAGGCGAACUAAGCCCGCAUCCAUUUGCAAUUGCAGAUUCUGCAUACAGAUUGAUGUUACAGGAAGGAAUAAGUCAGUCAAUUUUGGUUAGUGGGGAGAGUGGAGCAGGAAAAACAGAAAGCACUAAAAGUCUUAUGCAAUUUCUAGCAUUUAUGGGAGGAAGAGCUAAUGCUGAGGGACGUACUGUGGAGCAGCAAGUACUAGAGUCCAACCCAGUUCUGGAAGCGUUUGGUAAUGCUAAGACUGUUAGAAAUAACAACUCAAGUCGAUUUGGCAAAUUUGUCGAGAUACAAUUUGAUCAAAGAGGGAGGAUUUCAGGAGCUGCUAUCAGAACUUAUCUACUAGAAAGAUCUCGUGUUUGUCAGGUGUCUGAUCCUGAAAGAAACUAUCACUGCUUCUACAUGCUGUGCGCUGCUCCGAAAGAGGAUGUUGAGAGGUUCAAGUUGGACAGUCCAAGAAAUUUCCAUUAUCUCAAUCAAUCAAACUGCUACAAGGUUGAUGUAAUAGACGAUGCCGAAGAGUACUUAACCACUAGAAGAGCCAUGGAUGUUGUUGGCAUUGGCUCUCACGAGCAGGAUGCGAUAUUCAAAGUUGUGGCUGCAAUUCUCCAUCUAGGUAACGUUGAAUUUGCAAAAGGGAGUGAUUCAGAUUCCUCUAAACCCAAAGAUGAAAAAUCUAGGUUUCAUCUGAAAAUAGCCGCUGAGCUUUUCAUGUGCGAUAUGAAGGCCCUUGAGGAUUCCCUUUGCAAACGAGUGAUUGUCACUCGCGGUGAGUCGAUUACUAAGAAUUUGGAUCCAGAUGCUGCUACUGUUAGUAGAGAUGCCUUGGCCAAAAUUGUUUACUCUAGGUUAUUUGAUUGGCUCGUGAACACGAUAAAUAGUUCGAUCGGACAGGAUCCUGAUUCAAAAGUUCUGAUUGGGGUUUUGGACAUUUACGGUUUCGAGACAUUCAAGACCAACAGCUUUGAGCAGUUCUGUAUUAAUUUAACAAAUGAGAAGCUACAGCAACAUUUUAAUCAGCAUGUUUUUAAGAUGGAGCAAGAAGAAUACACUAGAGAAGAAAUUGAUUGGAGCUACAUUGAGUUUGUCGACAACCAGGAUGUUCUAGAUCUUAUUGAGAAGAAACCUGGUGGCAUCAUUGCUCUUCUGGACGAAGCCUGUAUGUUUCCUAGAUCAACACAUGAGACAUUUGCUGAAAAGCUUUACCAGACAUUCAACAAUCAUAAACGAUUCAGCAAACCAAAGCUGUCACGAACUGAUUUCAUCAUUUCUCAUUAUGCCGGUGAGGUGACAUACCAAACCGAGUUUUUCUUGGAUAAGAACAAAGAUUAUGUUGUUCCAGAGCAUCAAGAACUUCUAAGUGCUUCAAAGUGUGCCUUUGUGGCAAGCUUGUUUCCACCUUUCCCUGAGGAGUCUACUAAAUCAUCAAAAUUUUCUUCUAUAGCUACGAGUUUUAAGCACCAGUUGCAAUCAUUGCUAGAGACACUAAGUGCAACAGAGCCACAUUAUAUUCGUUGCGUAAAGCCUAAUAAUCUUCUUAAGCCAGCAAUAUUUGAAAACAGUAAUGUUCUGCAUCAGCUUCGUUGUGGGGGAGUCAUGGAGGCUAUAAGGAUUAGCUGCGCAGGAUUCCCCACAAGAAAGCCAUUUCAUGAAUUUAUAAAUCGUUGUCGUAUCCUUGCUCCGGAGGUUUCAAAUGGAAGUUACGAUGAAGUCACUGCAUGCAGAAAGAUUUUAGAGAAAGUGCAACUUCACGGUUAUCAGAUUGGUAAAAGUAAAGUGUUUCUCAGAGCAGGCCAGAUGGCUGAAAUAGAUGCACGCAGGAAUGAGGUUUUAGGGAAAUCUGCUACUAUAAUUCAGAAGCAAAUUCGGACCUACUUCUUCCGCAGAUGGUUUAAACAGAUGCGGCUGUCUGCUAUACAGAUUCAAACUCUGUGCAGAGGACAAAUUGCUCGGUCUGUCUUUGAUCACAAGAAGAGAGAGGCAGCAUGUCUGAAAAUCCAAAAGGAGUUGCGCAGGCAUCUUGCCAGGAAUUCUUACUUAGAGUUAUGCUUUUCUGCUAUGACAAUAGAGAGAGGUAUGCGCGGCAUGGCUGCUCGCAAAGAGCUUCGUUUCCGAAGGCAGACAAAGGCUGCGAUUGUAAUUCAGAGUCAUUGUAGAAGGUAUAAAGCUCAACACCGUCACAGAAGGAUGAGGAAAGCAGCUAUUAUAACACAAUGUGCAUGGCGAGCUAAAAUAGCAAGGCGAGAACUACGCAAGCUUAAAAUGGAAGCAAAGGAGGCUGGCGCAUUGAAGGAAGCUAAGAAUAAAUUAGAAAAGGAAGUUGAAGAACUAACUUCCCAACUGCAGCUGGAGAAAUGCAUGAGGGUUGAUCUUGAAGAGUUGAAGAAUCGAGAAAAUGAAAAGCUACAACAGGCUUUGGAAGAGAUGGAGAAGCAACUGGAUGAUCUUGAAGAGUUGAAGAAUCGAGAAAAUGAAAAGCUACAACAGGCUUUGGAAGAGAUGGAGAAGCAAUUUCAAGAAACUAAGACAUUGUUGGAAAAGGAACGCGCGGAGGUUAUAAAAAUAACUGCUGAGCAAGUCCCCAUUGUACAAGAAGUACCUGUUUUUGAUGAUGAGUUGAUGAGAAAACUUACUAUUGAAAAUGAACAACUCAAGGAAUGUGUAAGUUCACUUGAACACAAAAUUGAUGAAACUGAGAAGAAAUGCGAGGAAAUGAGCAAGCUAAAUCAAGUAUCCGUUUCUAAUAAUGAUCUGAUAAAUAAACUUGCAGCAGAAAACGAACAGCUCAAGAGGAUGGUGAGUUCAUUGGAAACAAAGGUUGAUGAAACGGAGAGUAAAUAUGCAGAAACAAGCAAUCAAAGUGAAGAUUUUAUUUUUGAUAAUGAACUGAUAAGUAGACUUACUGCGGAAAAUAAAUUGCUUGAGGGAAUGGUUAGCUCAUUGGAACAGAAAAUCGAUGAAACUCAGAAGAAGUAUGAGGAAAAAAGCAAGCUAAGUGAAGAGCUUGAGGGAAUGGUUAGCUCAUUGGAACAGAAAAUUGACGAAACUCAGAAGAAAUAUGAGGAAACAAGCGAGCUAAGUGAAGAGCGAUGGAAGCAAUCACAAGAAGCAGAGUCUAAGAUGAUUGGACUUAAAAUUGCAAUGCGAAGGCUGGAAGAGAAGAUAGUUUUCAUGGAAACUGAGCGCAAGAGUAAAAUUUCAGAUUAUCCGUCUUUCGGGAAUGGUCACGUGAAUGAGCCGAACAAGGACUUGCCGAGUGGAACACCAAAGAAAGUUUUUGGCACCGACUCUAUGAGGAAAUCACAGAUGGAGAAACAACGUGAGCUUGCAGAUUCUCUUAUUAAAUGUGUGGCAGGAGAUGCUGGUUUUAGUCAAGGGAAACCAGUUGCUGCAGUUACAAUGUACAAGUGUCUGCUUCACUGGAAAUCAUUUGAAGCAGAAAGGACCAAUGUUUUUGACCGGCUUACCGAGUUGAUUAGUUCUGCAUUCCAGAAUUCAGAUAACAAUAGUGUUAUGGCUUAUUGGCUGUCAAACACAUCCACCAUGUUGUUCUUGCUGCAAAGAAGUUUCAAGACAAAUAAAGAUUGGAAACCCCCUCAGCCACCCACAUUUUUCGGGAGGAUGGCCCAAGGAUUUCGCUCUUCUCCUUCUUCAGCAGAUCUUCAAAUUGAUGUAGUACGUCCUGUCGAAGCCAAGCAACCAGCUUUGCUUUUCAAGCAACAGCUUACAGCUUAUGUUGAAAUGAUAUUUGGGAUAAUUCGAGAUAAUUUCAAGGCAGAACUGUCAUCUCUACUUUCUGCGUGUAUUCAGGUUCCAAAGACAACAGAAAUAGCUGAAGGCAUUAAUCGUUGGCAGGACAUCAUCGACUGUCUUAAUUCAUUUCUUAAUAUACUGAAGGAGAAUCAUGUUCCUAAAGUAUUUGUACAAAAGAUUUUUAUACAGAUUUUUUCAUACGUCAACAUGCAACUUUUCAACAGUGUACUCCUGUGUCGAGAGUGUUGCACAUUCAGCAAUGGAGAAUAUGUGAAGGCUGGGUUGGACAAAUUAGAAACAUGGUGCGGGGAGGCUACAGAAGAGUUUACAGGAGCAUCAUGGGAUGAACUUACUCACACAAGGCAAGCUGUUGGUUUUCUGGUAAUAAAUCAGAAGUGGAGGAUCACCUUUGAAGACCUUACAAGUGAUCUCUGCCCUCUAUUGAGUAUUAAGCAGCUUUAUAAAAUAUGUACAACGUACUGGGAUGACGAUUAUAACACUACUAGUGUUUCUCCAGAUGUCAUUUUAAGUAUGAAGGCGUUGAUGUCUGAAGAAAAUGAGGGUGAAAUGGACAGUGAAAAAUCCAACAAUACCUUGUCAUUACAUGAUAAUUCCAGCAUACCCCUUCCCGUUGAUGACAUCUCUCCUUCACCAGAAGAGAGAGAUUUUACCGGUGUAAAGUCACCACCUCAAUUACUUGAGAAUCCAGAUUUUCAGUUUCUACAGGAAUGAGUCUGAGAUGACACGUAUAUAAACGGUUUCACCUGUUGAGCUCAAACUAACCCAGUGUAUAUUUGUCAUUCAUACUUAGAGGUUGGAUCUCUUUUUUCCUCUUCUUAAAUGUAGUAGUGCAAUAUCCAUUGCCGCAGAUGUAAAUUAUAUUUCUAUGAGCAAGUAGAUUUAGGGUUUUCCUUGAGUUGUCGAUUUUUUAAUUCUUUGAUAGGAUUGUACGGGAGGAAUUCAAGCUUGUGUUUAAUCAAUGUAAAAUGGGAGAGAAGUGGUGAAGAUCUUCCUCCCAUUCUUUGGUUUGGUAUACAUAAUACAGAGAGGGUAUUCUUUUCAUGCUUUGUAUGUACUACUGUUGUAUAACAAGGUGUACAUCAAAUGUUAUGGAUAUCAAUGCCAAAUUUUCGUGCA